AUCCCCAAUUUCAUGCACUCUCCAAAUUCGACGAAAACAGAAGAAGAAUUCUAGAUUGCAGGUGCCGAAGGAACCGAGAGAAUGUGGCGUCAAGGGCGGAAUCUGCUAAGGCGCCAAUUGCAUCUGAACACUGUCGAUUUAAGGCGCGCUGCGAGCGGGGCGGCGUCUAGCCCUAGCCUGUCGAUAUGGCGGCGGAGGAAGGAGAUGGGGAAGGAGGGUUUGAUGGUGGCGAAGGAGCUCAAGCGCCUCCAUUGCCACCCCAUGCGCUUCGAGCGCUUCAUGAAGACUCAUGUCUCACGCCUCCUCAAAUCCGACCUGGUUGCCGUGCUUGCUGAGUUUCAGCGCCAAAACCUCGUUUCUCUCUCGUUGAAGCUGUAUGAUGUGGUGCGGAAGGAAAUAUGGUAUCGACCGGAUAUGUUUUUCUAUCGCGAUAUGCUGAUGAUGCUUGCCAGAAACAAAAAGGUCGAUGAAGCUAGGAUGGUUUGGAAUGAUUUAAAGGGGGAGGAAGUCCAUUUUGAUCAGCAUACAUUCGGAGAUCUUAUUAGAGCCUUUCUGGACAAUGGAUUGCCAGAUGAAGCAAUGUGGAUAUACGAUCAGAUGAGAAGUUCACCUGAUCGCCCACUAUCAUUGCCUUAUCGUGUCAUAUUAAAAGGGCUAAUAGCGUACCCUGAUUUGAGGGAGAAGGUGAAGGAUGACUUUGUGGAGUUAUUCCCUGACAUGAUUGUUUAUGAUCCUCCUGAUGAUCUUUUCAGUGAUGAAGGCCAUUCAGUAACGGAUUUUGAGGAGGAUUAGAAUGUAUUGCUGUUAUAUUAUAUAUAGUCACGCAUUUGAAUAUGCAAUGGUGAUCAGCUGACCAACUAACUGAGUUGGUUACAGAAUUGAGAUAAAGCUUCAAUGGUUCUGCAGAGUUGCUCAACAGUACUGCCACUUUGGAGUUUGAUGGUCCAUUUGAAUCGUAGGGGAAAUAUGUAUUUGAUGGCACAGCUGCAGCUAUUCAUCAUAAAAGGGGUCCCUAAGAUUAUUGGCAUCCAAAAUCGGAGAAGACGACGAGGCCAUCCUAAACAGUUUUCAAGUGGAAAGAGCAGGGUGCCAUCAAGUUGCAUCUGCUGUAUGACUUCUUCAACUUGCUGACUUUCUUGUUUGCCAUGCGCUCUUUAAAAGCUUUUGGAUCCAGUUACAUUACUGAAAUGAUCAUCAUAAAGCAAUGCCAUUAAUCUUAAUUCCCUUUGAUUGAUCA